CUUCUGGAAGAUUGCAUUGUGGUGGUGAAGCUUCUCGCGACGGAGGGGGGAGAGCGUGACUUGUGGAGCAAACACCAGUUAACACCUCCUCAAGUCCCGACACUCCUGCCCGCGCUCCCGGCCAGUUGUUCCGCAGUUGCGUCGCCGGCUGCAGUAUGUUCAGACUGUAUAGGUACACCACUCUGCAUUUCAUAAGGCCCCGGGAGGGCCGGAUGGCGGGCCCCUCGGCGGAGGUGGCGCGGCGCUCCCAGCGGCCCUACCGCUACGGCAUGAUCCUGCUGUGCGUGGGCGCCCUCAUCAACUGGCUGGGGCUGGCGGAGAACUACGUGGAGCCGGUGCGCUACGUGGGCGUGGCCUGCAUCGUGGCGGGGGCGAUGCUCAUCUGCAUGGCCAUGUGCUGCUGGCUGCAGCGCCCCGCCUCGCUGCACUACGCCGCCCACCAGUCCGCGCUGGCGACGGACCACAUCCACGUGAUCGAAGUCCCAUGCCCGAGCGCGGAUGGCGCGGCUCAGCCCAAGCCGCCGGACUACGACAGCGUGGCGGACACCCCCCCCUGCUAUGAGGAGGCCAUCAAGCUGAGCCCCGGCCAGCUGCUGGCCGACAGCCGCGGGGCGUCGCCCCCACCCGCCGUCCCCAGCACGCCCCCCGCCCGCCGUCCCCAGCACGCCCCCGCCACCCUACAACCCUGUCAGAUGAGUCCCCGGAGCCCGGCCGUAGCCUCCUGUGUCUGGCCCACCCUCUUGCCGCUGAGUUGCACGUCGCGUUGGGAGCGAGACAAGUUUGUACCACUCUUUGCACCACACUAAAAAUAUCUUGUUAUUUCCCCCCCAUCUCAAACACAUGAUAAAUAACAUCAACGAUAUCUGCGGUUCUGAAUUUUCGAACCUCAAAUUUUUCAUUCCUCUCGAGUUCAAGAUGUCGGCUGCAGACGGUGAAAGUGUACGAAUCCAGACAAAGACUAAACGAACUGCCAGUUCUGAAGAUUCAUGUGCCGCCGAGCGCUGCAAGUCGGAAGAAUAAGUUUCAGGAGCACGGGACAUUCCGGGGCAAACAAAUGCAAGGAAAAACUAGAAGAUGGUGGUGGCCCUGACGGCUCGCAUUCUGUGGAUGAUGCAAGCGAGACAAGUUUUGCUUUCUUUCUAGUCAUGACCUUGGAACCGAAAAAAAAAAGUAAGUAGUUCUAGUGCAAAGACAAGGGCUAGUCAGGAAAAAAAAACCUCUGCAAAUGUGUUGAGUACAUAAAAUGUUUAUCAAGUGAUGUACGGCGAUAUAUGCGUAGUUAUUAUAUACCUAUGGUUGUGUAAUAUGUUCUACGAUAGUGUGAAUACUGUUAGCGAGUAGAUGGUGACCUAUACUACGUGCCUCACUCAACAAUUUGUGUGAAUAUUUAAAUUUAAAAUGCAAGUAAUGCAUUGCUCAUUCAACUUAGUAUGAGUAACAGACAAGAAUGCAUCGUAUCGAUGCACACUACACUUAUAUUUAUAGAUUUAACUUACAGUGUGUCACAUAAUACAAAGGUAACUAGGAGCCGAAUUAAUAGUCUUGCUAUAGCUGAGAACAGCACUUAAAAAUAGUCUUGAGAACAUAGGCAAUAUUAUAUGCACAUUUUGAUGUAUUUUGUGAGACUUGCAGAUCUACAUUUCAGCAGUGUUUUUUUAUUUUAAUUUUUUAUUUUACAAUUCAGUACCUUUUCUUAAGCCUUACUUGUGCAAAGGAACAUUCACUGCUUAUGAACAUUUGUUGUCGCUAGUUAUCACUGAGUCAGAAACUUUAAAUAAGUUUGUUUCAAAUACUUAUAGUCAGCAAGUUAAUUGAGAACAAACACAAAAAUUUAUGUAGUACAUACUUGUUUUCACAAAAAUUGAGUGAGAUUUCAUGUUUGAAUUUUAACAAUUACUCUGUGAUUUUUAUACACUGCUUUAUUUCAUCAAAAAUGUAAGUAAAAGAAUAAUAUAUCAGUAUAAAAUUGAAAUACAAAGUAAUAAGUUGUUAACAGAAAAUGCUCUCAGCAAAUAAUUCAUAAAAAAAAUUCACACAUGAAAAUGUGUGGAACUAUUUACAAAAAUUAUCAAAUUCAACAACAGAUAACACAAAUUGUUACAACUUUUUCUCAUGCAAGAUUUUUUUUUAAAUGAAUAAACAGCAUGUCACUAUAUUGUAAAUGUUAAAAAUUAAGUGCAGUGUUGGUGGACACAUUCAUCUGAACUAUAAACAGCACUAAUUAUUUUCAUUUCAAUGAUUGCACGAAUACAUACUGAAGUCAUGAUUACAAAGGAUAUUUCUAAGAGCAAUCAGAAUAAUAAAACAAACAGAGAAAUAAUGAAUAAAACAGAAUAUAAUAUAUCUCAGACCUAAUAUGUGCAAAGGAAAGCUUGCGGCUAUUUUUAACCAAGUAUGUAUCUAAAUCUAACCAUUGACGUACGCUUGUCUUAUUUAUGACUACAAUAUUUAUUCAAGACUUGAGUCAAAUUAUACUAUCUCAAGUGUAAAUCUGCAUACAUAAUGACUAUUAACACGGCCCUAAAGCAUUUAUUUUUUUUAGAAACCCACUAAUUUAAUAACCAGAGUGAAAGUUUGAAUGCACCCUGAGAAUGAUUUUCCAAGAGUAGAUUUCACGUGACAGACUAUGUAAAAAAAUGGAUCAAUGUAACCUUUACAUUUGUUUACAAAAACUAUGCUUUAAACAUUUCAAAACCCAAUUAUUAUACCAUUUCUCUCUAUGUACUUAGAAUUGAAGUUCUUAAAUGUUCACACCAGUGUACCAUUUUACUAGUCAAGUGCCUAAGUUACGGCAAGCUUGUUUGCUACUCGUAAAAGUUAUGUACUAUCAUCUCAGGAAGCACCGCCCAUACCACUAAUGAUUUUGAUGUUUAUAUUCUAUCCUUGUAAUUCACGGUUAGGGCUAGUUAUGUUUUUUUUUUUAGUAGGACUGACAAUAUAAGGCAACCAAUUUAGAAAUUUAGGCUAAGUUUGCAAUGAGGGAAAAAGAUCACAUAAUAUUCAGACAGAAAUUUUUUGUAGUUAUGAAGAUAAAUUUCUUCCCUACAGCAAUGUACACACAAUGUAUUCAUUUAAAUAAAAUAUAGCUCAAUUAAUUUAUCCAUGCCUCAUAAUAAUUUUAACCUUACUAUAUGUUAUAAUAUUAAAAUACUUUUUAUUUACAAGUACAAUACUGCAGGAUUAAUUUAUAUAAGUUACACAAAAAAAACUUUGUUAGACUAUUUUCUCGGUGACCAAUUACCUCCAUGUCAACUCGGUUACUAAUGCUCAGCACACCUCUGGGACCACAAUGCAAUUGCACAUUUAUUUCCCGAAGCCUGUUGGUGGGCUUGAGGCGUUAAUAUUGGCCCAAAUGCUGAAGCUUGCCAUGAGCACAAAUCAGAUGCUGACAGAGGUUUUCAGCAAAUAACAAAAAAUAAUAAUAAUAAUAAUAAUUACGGUAAAUCCGUAACCAUGGAGGUUGUGGGACUAGAAAGAAAAAUGUCAGGUUACCCACCACUAAAUAUAUGUAAUUCAAUCAAUGCUGCAAAUACACGAGACCCGUGUUUUGGAAAAUGCUUUUCCUUGCAAAUAUCACGUGAUACAUUAUAGCUUCUGCCAUGUGCCAGCAUUUUUCACAUUCUAAUGUUGCCCAUCUGGAAAAAUUUAUACAAAACAGAUUCCUACAGCUCUGACCUAGGAUAUAACUAUUCCAUCAAACAACAUAUUGCCAAUGAAGAGAAAAAAUUUGUAAUAUAUAUUGCCUAGGUAUGUGUAAUCCAUAGCAAUUGUUUAACAUUAUUUAUACUUUAUGAAUUCAAAAAAAUGAUUAAUGUAGUAUUUGGUUUAAAGUGUCUGUAGAGUUGAAUCCUGCAUCUAAUUUUCAUUCCAGUUGCAUAUAUAACAACAUGCUCAGCUUAAAAAUAAAACAAAAAAAUUUCCAUGUCAUAUAACAAAUUUCAGUAAUUUGUCAGUAAUAAAGUAGCAGAAUAUAUCAACAUUUUGAAAGAAAAAAAAAAAUUGUAUAGUUAUAUUCUAAGUAUGGGCAUGGAGGCUACUUUAAAGAAAUGUGAAUUACAAAAAUAAUCACAAUUUAUUUAAAUGUAACAAAGUAUUUUAAAAUAAUAAUUUGUAUAUUUUAUUUUGCAAAAAAAAGACUGUAACAAAAGACUUAGCACUACUUUAUACUAUCUAUAACUAAUGGUUGUUAUGGAAAUUUGUAAUGUAUUUUGUACUUCAUCAACUGUAGCUUUGAGUGAAAGUUAUAAAUUAUUUUUUCAAUAUUGUACUUUGCACUGAAUAAACUAUUCCUAA